UGGGUAGCACUGUUUAAAAAGCAAACCAAAAAUAAUCUUUACUGGUGCGCAGUUGUUGUUUCUUUAGACGUGUCAAUUGUUUGUCUAAUAUUGCGCCAGCCAACGACGCCAAAACACACAUGCGCAUUCCAGCGGACAAAGGAGAAUAGAAACCACCACCACCACCCACGAAAAUCGCAAUAGCAAUAACCCAGCGACGCGGAGUAGGGGGUGGUCUCCAGUUUUCCAGGGAGAAAACAAGAAUCUAAGAAUCCGAGAGAGAAUACGAAGACGACACUCCAGCUCGGUAUUUGAGCCAUCGACAUUCCGCUGCUCCGUCAGUUUUCAGAGGACCUUCGAAGUGGGCAGUAGAGAAUCCAGUCUCCUGGCAACAAACAAAAAUCCAAAAAAAAAAAGAUAAAAACCCCAGUUGGCAGAGAAAAGCUCAAGUGGUAAUUGGCUGCGACUCAAAUUACUUAAGUUGUGCAAAUAGCAAACAAAAAAAGCUAAUAGAAAAACCAAAAAGAAAAAAACUCGAGCGUGGCGUGUGUCCAUGUGGAAAAUCGAUCGAAUCGCAGAGUAUUUAUCGUGUAAUUGUGCCCAAUAGCCACGCUAUUUCCCAGUCCGUUUUAUUGAUUUUCCCCACCGCCUCGCCAAAGUUGCAAUAAAACAAAAAACCAUUCUUUUCCCUUCCAUCUCAACAUCUGGCCAACAUCAUCUUGCAGCGUGCAAAUUUCAAAUUCCAAGUUAAAUGCGAGAAUUUACAUAACGCCGAGCGUUGAAAGUGAAACUUCUGUGGUGCGAACGGAACACUGAAAGAAAGGAAAACCCAUUACGGGAUAUUAUAUCUCAGCCUCUGCCCAGUGUAGUACAAGUUUUGGAGCGCAAGGAGCGGGAGAGCAGUGUUCCAUCAGUGAGAGCCGAGAAAGAGAAAGCGAGAAUCGUCAGAGAGCGUUGAACGUGCGCACGUUUUUCUUGGGCAGGACACACCACCACUAAUCCUUGAGAGAAUCAGCAGGAGCUGCAGGAGCAGUAAUAGCAAGCCAACAUGUUUUCGGGCCUAACAAAUCAAUUCACCUCGCUGGUGGGCGCCGUUAAAGGAGGCGCUGGCGACGAGGAUGUACCCGCGCCCACAGGAGAGGCGGCCGCAGCGGCACCAGCAGCCGCUGCCUCCACAUCAUUGGAGGCCACGGCCUCAUCUGCCGUCGAUCCGGAGGCAGCUGCCGCCGCCGGUGGUGAAGGACUCGAGGGCGAGGAAGCUGGCAAAAGACUUCCCAAGUCAUCUUCCCUGGUUGAUUCUUUAGUCACCGAAGCCACCGGAUGGUUGGGCAGUGCCAAGGGUUGGUUGGGAAACGCUUCGAUACCGUCGAUGCCAGCUAUGCCAUCGAUGCCAUCGAUGCCAGCAAUGCCAGCAAUGCCGUCGAUACCAUCGAUUCCGGGACUUCGCAAAGCCGGAGGAGCUGAAGGAGCCGAGGGCGCCGAAGGAGCCGUCGGAGAGGGAGGUGCUGCUGCCAGUGGAGCCGUGAGUGGUGGCGAGGAUGACGACAAGUCGAGGUAUAUUAGCGCCACGGAGGGCGCCGACUCGCAUCCUGCAUCGGGCGGUGGCACACCCACCGGCGACGAGGGUCAAAUCGGACAGGGUAAGGGCGAUGAAGUCAAAAUUACCACAAAAGUAACACAGCAGGCCAAGCACUUUGGGUCCUUCUUGUCAUCGGCCAUCAGCAAGGCUGGCAGCAAAAUCAAGGAAACAGUCAAGGAUAAUACCAUUCUCGACUCGUUCAACAAGGAGCAAGAAGCCUUCAUCAAGGGUCAAGGUGGUGUGGGCAAUGGUGCAGCACCCUGGAUUGGACAUGCCAAUGAGGCCAAGAUCAAGGAGGAGAUUCUGGGCCUGUCACAGGAUCGACGCAACUUUGUACGCGCCCCGCCCGCCGGCGUGGACUUUGAGUUUAGCUACGACACCGCCUAUCCCACGGCCAUAGCCAUUAUGGCCGAGGACAAGGCGCUCGAGACGAUGCGAUUCGAGCUGGUGCCCAAGAUCAUCACUGAGGAGAACUUCUGGCGGAAUUACUUCUACCGCGUCUCACUGAUCAUCCAGGCCGCCGAGUUGGGAACUCUGGGCGCCGAUGGCGUCGGUCAGGCCUCCAGCGGCGAAGAUGCCAAUGAAGUGGCCACUAAAGAGAGCAAAUCGAAGACUGCCGAACCAGCCAAGAGCGAUUCAAGUCUGAAAGCCAUUGCCGAGCAGCCGAAGGCCGUGAUAGAGCCAAAGGUUGGGGAGUCCGAUGAUGUGGCUGCCACCAAGUCGAAGGCUCGUUCUGCCGGCAAAGAGCUGGGCCAGAAGAUCUCUGAAUCGGAAUUCGUUUCGGACGACUUCCAGGCCUCCAGCGAAUCGGACUUGGCUGAGAUCCAAGACGGCAUGCGCAAGUUGGGCAUCGAUAGCAUGACCCAGCAGGCCCUAGCCACGACUGAUGAGGAACAAUGGGAAAAGGAUCUGGAAGCUGAACUCAAGGACUACGAGGUGGUUGACGAAGGUGGCACUGGAGGAGGAGGACACAAAAAAGGCAGGCAGACCAGCAGCGGCGGCGAUGACGACGCGGAGGCGGAUGAGGAUGAACCGACAAUAUCUAACUUGCGCACACGCUCGACUAACAACGAUUGGGAGGAGUACGCCGAUUUAAUUGAGGAUACCGAUGAUUUAAAGUAAUUAAGAGCUUAUAUCGUAGUUUCUUCUAAGUUGGCUCUAAGUUUAUAACUAUCUUUACUUUAUCUUUCUUUUCAUUCCUUUCCAAACUUGUUUCCUCCUUGAUUGAUUACCCUAAUUAUUGUUAUAAAAUAAUUCAAAUACAACAACAAAAUACAAUAUUUGAAACCACAGAACUUUGAAGUGCCUAAAGCGCACGAUGUUGGGCUAUCCAUGAGACGAGGUCCCAGUUCCAGCGCUCUUCUAGUGCCGGUGCUCCACAAUCCCAGACAUAUCCCAGUGGCCUUGCCUUGGGGUGGCCUAUUGGAAAAGUUGGUUAAGAUACUAUAUCCCCUCCCAAUAACCCAUUACUACACACACACAUCCUCUCAAAUAUUGGUCACAAAGCAAAGCGUUUUAUUCAGUUACCUUCCGACAUGAUAUAAGACACUAAAAGCAAAAGAAAACGAUUUAAUUCAACCUUAAAGUUUUAACCUAAAGUAAAAAAAAAAAAGGAAAAGAAUCCCCAGCCAAUCUGGUAUUCAAAUGUAUCUAUUAUAUAUUAUAUUUUAUUUGGUUGACACACCGAGUGGCAGCGGUAGAGAGGAGGAGUAGAGGAGGGAGUCGUCGGUAUUACUUGCCAAUUGUUCAGCACACGAAAUCCGAGAUCUGGCAGUCAGUAUAACCUAUCAAUAAGUACUUAUAUAGACACAAAACUAUGAAUGCAGGCUAAACGAGAAAACUGGCUAAUGCUAUAGAUGAUGCAGAUCAUAUUUCAAUAUAGUGACUAAAAUUGAGUAAACAAAAACAAGCUUCAAAGGGAAAUUUUGUUAUUUAUAUUUAUAAAUAAAUUAUAUAUAAAUAUAUAUACACAUAUAUAUAUAUAUACAGAUAAAUUAAUGCAUUUGAAUUUAAUGUGUAAAAAUUAUUAUAAUAAAAAUAUAGAUAUAAAAUAUGUAAAGAUACGAAACACUCAAAGAAAAACCAUUAAAGUUUAACAAAAUUUGAGUUGAAAAAAAUCCUCAAAAAUGCUCUUUUUUUAGAAACUUGCAAAAUUGAAAUACAAGCGAAAUAAAACCUAGUAAUUCCAUUAAUUGAGAGCAAAAAAAUAACAUUCAAAUGUAUUAUUUCUCCCUCGAUAGUUUAUAGUUUAUAGUGAAAACCAAAACAAACAAAAAUAUAUUAAACAUUGAAUAAAUUAUCAUUAAUUGAUGCUUAAAGAAACACGUUGAAAAAUAAAUAACAAUGCAUAUAAAAUAAAAUACCAAUUGUUUAGCUCAAUUUAAGGCGCGCCAACAAGUUUUCUUUUCCGAACAUUUUUAGUUCGAAUCAAACUUCUUUAGGAUCUUUUCUAAACAACUAACUCUCUCACCUUGCUGUUCCACUAAAACGAGAAAACGAAAACACGAAACUUCCUUGAACGAAACUAAAAACAAAAUGCCAAAACAAUAAUAUUCUGAAAUUGGACUUGAAAGAUCAAGAAACUAAAAACGCAAUUAAUAAAUUACAAAUAACAAAUGAUGAAAAGUAAAUGCAAUUAUAAACAAUAAGCAGUUCAAAACCUUUGAAACAAAUAUAUACACAUAUAUAUAUUUAUAUAUAUUUCACUAGACAAAUUUUUAUGCAUAAACUAAAAACAAAACAAAUUCUAUAUUAUCAAUGUUUUUGCUCUAAAUGUCUAACUAAUUGUUAAUAAAACCAAAAUAAAAUUAUUUUCUGCAGACAAAACGUUAUAUGAGAAAUGCUAUGAAUGUAUAAUUAUUUGUUAGCAGUGACAAAAUAUAUCUAACACACAAAAAAAAAAAAAAACACAAGGAAACAAAAGUAAAAAAGUAAAAGUUAUGACAUUAAACUGUAUAUUGUACAUUUACUUUUAAAAACAAAUGAAAUGUAUUUACACGAAACGGCAUGGAAUAUGAUAAACUAAAGAAAUUUUAAAAUUUAUAUUUACUUUGUGCGUUUUUAAACAUGUUGGCGACACAAUGACAAGCAAAUUAGUGCAUAAACCGAACUAAUAAUAACAAUAAAUAUUAACAAUUAAUGAUAAUGUAAUGAUGUUGACAACAUAUGUAUUUUACAAGGCAGAACAAAACCCAACCCCGAAGAUCCCAAUCCUCACCGAAUCCCCCCCAAAAAGAUAUAUCAAACAAUCCUGCAUUAUCUCUCACAUAGAAACACAUUUUUUAUUGUCUGCAAAACAGUUUAUUAUUAAACCGAACCGAAAGUAAAACAAUUAAAUUAAUGUUUAUGAGCAAAGUUUGUUGAGCAGCAUUCCAUUAAUAUAACAUUGCAAAAUGAAAUAAAAUAUAUGUAUAUGUACUAAUUAAAGUAUAUCACCCCCGAAACGGAAAACCCAAAAAAAAAACAAAAAACAAAGUAUAAUUUAGUUGUUUAAUGAUUGAUACUAUUUAGACCCAAGAGGAUGCCCCCGUAGCACCCUACGGUUGCAAGAAAAUAGUCAGCAAGAGGCAGAGACACUCCUUGAUAUACCAUAUGCCAUAAAACAUUUUCCACUCAAUGUAAAACCAAGCGCAGAACGUGGAGUUUCUCUGACCAGAGAGAGCACCCUGAAAACUAAGCACAGCAAACGGAAAAUAAAUAAAACAUUUUGUGUAAAGUUUGAUGACAGACCGAAGACAACAACAACAGCAUGAACACAUACGAGUAUAUACAUAAUAAAAAUAUAUAUGAGAACAAUUUAACGAGAUUAAAAUCAACUAAAGUAAUAAAGGGAAAGUGUAUAACUAUUAAAACUAACGAAA